AUAAACCAUUUUAAAACUUAAAAUCUCAGGCCACACCACUACUACUAGCUACUACUCCUCAAUUUUCCGAGCUAGCAGAGACACUAAGAAUCCAAAACCCUUCCCCCACAAAAUAGUCUAUCUUUUCCCAUAGAAUUUCUUAGUUCAAUCUUCAUACCUCUUGAUCACCUAGCAAAAUGAGGCCAUCUCUCACAGUCUCUCUUCUUCUUUUGUCUCUUAUACUUUCGGAGCAAGCUCAAGGGAUUCGUUUGGGAAAAUGGCACUUCAUGCCAUCACUGCUUGGAGUUAAAGAACAUAAACCAAUAAUUCGUCAUGAGAAGGAAAUGACUUCAAGCAAAGCUGAAAAGAAUAGUAGUGAUGAAGAGGCUAAUGUUAUAUGCAAAGAUGGAGAAUGUUCAGGAAAUUGUAGAAAACUUUUCAUUACUAGUGUGACACCACCCUCUACUACUACUACCACUACCACCACUUCUAAGAAUGAGAAGAUGAAUGGAAAGAAUGGUCAAUAUUCAAGUCAUGUUAAUUCGUUAAAGACUACAUCUGAUGAUCAUGAUCAACACCCAGAUCAGAACGAGCCAUAUCCUGAGGUUGGAGACCUAGCUGAGAUGGACUAUUCUCCAGCUAGGAGAAAAUCUCCAAUUCACAAUUAAAUAUGAAGAAAAAAAAACUCCAAAAAACAAAAACAGAUAAAAUAAUUAAGGGGAAAACUAGCUACAAUUAAGUGAGACAGCAUUACGAGAUAGCUGCAGUUCUUUUAGGACUAAGAUAUAAAUAUAAAUGUUAAAGUUUUUGUACAUAUACUAGUCUGUAUUCACUAUAUUAAAUUAUUAUUCUUGCUAUUGUUAUUAUAAAUCAUUAUGUCCUUAAAACUGUCGCUUUUUAGAGAUGAUUGAGUAAUGAGCACUACUUAUAGUUAAUUCUGUCAUAUUUUCCUUUUAAAUUAAUAAAUAGUACUGCUACGUCUGUGCCA